CCAACUUAAUUAGUUUUGAACAUUUUAGUGCAGAAAUGAGUUACGUAAAACUUGUAUUUUUUAUGCUAUUACCCUUCCUCUGUCAACUUGCUUUCUGCUCAUCCAUAUCUCAUUUGUGCCCCAAAGAUCAAGCUCUUGCUCUUCUACAAUUCAAGCAUAUGUUUACAUUAAGUCCUAUUGCUUCUGCUUACUGUGAGUUUUCUCAUCCGAAAACUCUUUCAUGGAACAAGAGCAUAAAUUGUUGCUCAUGGGAUGGAGUUUAUUGUGACGAGACGACAGGACACGUGAUUGAGCUUAACCUCACUUGCAGCCAACUUCAAGGCAAGUUUCAUUCCAAUAGUAGCCUCUUUCAACUCUCCAAUCUCAAAAGGCUUGAUUUUUCUGGAUCGCUCAUUUCACCUAAAUUUGGUGAGUUUUCUAGCUUGAUACAUCUUGAUUUGUCGUAUUCAAAUUUUACAGGUCUAAUCCCAGUAGAAAUCUCUAGUCUUUCUAAAUUACAAGUUCUUAGUAUCCAGAGUAAUAUAUAUUCAGAGCUUAGAUUCGGACCUUACAAUUUUGAACUGCUCCUUAAGAACUUGACCCGAUUAAGAGAGCUCAACCUUAACUCCGUGAACAUCUCUUCCACCAUUCCUUUGAAUUUGUCUUCUUAUUUAACAAAUCUAGGACUUUCAGACACGCAGAUAUACGGGAUAUUGCCCGAAGGAGUUUUCCACCUUUCCAACUUGGAAUCUCUUGAUUUAUCAGACAAUCCCCAGCUCACCGUUAGGUUUCCCACAACCAAAUGGAAUAGCAGUGCAUCACUUAUGGAGUUAUAUCUCAGUGGUUUGAAUGCUACUGGUAGGAUACCUGAAUCAUUUGGUCAUCUACCUUCACUGCGUACAUUGAGAAUAGCUUCUUGUAAUCUCUCGGGGUCUAUUCCUAAACCUCUAUGGAAUCUCACCAACAUAGAGGUUUUGGACCUUGGUGAUAACCAUCUUGAAGGACCAAUUUCUGAUUUCUUUAGAUUUGGAAAGAUGAGGUCGUUAUCACUUGCAAAUAACAACUUUAAUGGCCAACUUGAGUUCUUAUCCUUUAACAAAAGCUGGACGCAACUUGAAAUGUUAGAUUUUUCGUCCAAUUCCCUAACUGGUCCAAUCCCUUCCAAUGUAAGCGGACUGCAAAACCUACAAUCACUCUUAUUGUCAUCAAACCACUUGAAUGGGACUAUACCAUCAUGGAUAUUCUCCCUCCCAUCAUUUGAAUGGUUAGACUUGAGAUACAACCAUUUCUGUGGAAACAUUCAGGAGUUCUAUUCCAAAUCAUUUGAUGUUGUUUCUCUAAAACAAAAUCAGAUGGAAGGUCCUAUUCCAAUCCAGCAGAGCCUACGACUUCUUCUCCUUUCACACAAUAAUCUUAGUGGAGAGAUUGCUUCAACCAUCUGCAAUCUGACAAAACUGGUUGUGCUAGAUUUGGGCAGCAAUAAUUUGGAGGGAACAAUCCCACUAUGUUUGGGUGAGAUGAGUGAACUUAUGAUUUUGGAUUUAAGCAACAAUAGUCUUAGCGGGACAAUUAAUACAACUUUUAGUAUUGGAAACCAACUCAUAAUCAUUCAAAUGGACAGGAAUAAGCUAGAGGGGAAAGUCCCAGAAUCUUUGAUUAAUUGCAAAUAUUUGAAACUCCUUCAUCUAGGUAACAAUGAGUUGAAUGACACAUUUCCAAAAUGGUUGGGAGCCCUUCCUGAUUUGCAGAUUUUAAACUUGACAUAUAAUAAGGUUCAUGGUCCCAUUAAAGCUUCCAGAACUGGAAACUUGUUUGCUUACGAGAAUGAAAAGGCACAAGAAAAGAUAUUAGUGUGUUACCUCCAGGUAUUCAAGUUGAUCUUUCAUAAUAUCAAUGAAUUUGCUUACUUCCUUCAUGCUUAA